AUGUCCGCACUAUGCCCAGCUAAAGGUGGACAGGGUAUCAGAGCCAGCCUCCUUCGGAAACUUUCGCCCGACGCUCUCGAGCCACGUCGCCUCAUCUGCCGGUCGGGUCAAAUUGGCGGCAAGACUCUCUCGUCUGUCGGGACGGUACCAAGUGGACCGGCAUCAAUCAUGCUCGAGCCUGCGAGUCGGCUUUCUAGGCUUGCAGACAACAUUUGCCGCGUGCACAUGGCGCCGACGGCAGGGACGGAUGCCACCUCUCAAGCGGAAAUCCCUUCGGGUCUGCUCUUGCCCAAGCUCGACAGGCAGCGCCCGUCGACACGGCACAGCGCCUACAGCCCGAGGCCAUAA